AUGUAUACUGUGGAACCAAACAAUGCACGGCAGCUGGUAGAAAUUGCAGCUAGAGACAUCGAGAAACUUCUCAGCAACAGAUCGAAAGCCCUCGUGCGCCUGGCUUUGGAGGCUGAGAAGGUUCAAGCAGCUCACCAAUGGAGGGAAGAUUUUGCAAGUAAUGAAGUUGUCUACUAUAAUGCUAAGGAUGAUCUUGAUCCUGAAAAAAAUGACAGUGAGCCAGGCAGCCAGAGGAUUAAACCUGUCUUCAUUGAGGAUGCAAAUUUUGGCCGGCAGAUAUCCUAUCAGCAUGCAGCUGUCCAUAUUCCCACUGACAUCUAUGAGGGCUCAACAAUUGUGUUAAAUGAGCUCAAUUGGACCAGUGCCUUAGAUGACGUUUUCAAAAAAAAUCGCGAUGAGGACCCCACAUUGCUCUGGCAGGUGUUUGGCAGUGCCACCGGCCUGGCUCGGUACUAUCCAGCAUCUCCAUGGGUUGAUAAUAGUAGAACUCCAAACAAGAUUGACCUUUAUGAUGUUCGCAGAAGACCAUGGUAUAUCCAAGGGGCUGCAUCUCCUAAAGACAUGCUAAUUUUGGUUGAUGUGAGUGGAAGUGUUAGUGGGCUGACCCUUAAACUGAUACGAACAUCUGUCUCGGAAAUGCUAGAAACUCUCUCAGAUGAUGAUUUUGUGAAUGUGGCUUCCUUUAACAGCAAUGCUCAGGACGUGAGCUGCUUCCAACACCUCGUCCAAGCAAAUGUGAGAAAUAAGAAGGUGUUGAAGGAUGCAGUGUACAACAUCACAGCCAAGGGAAUCACUGACUAUAAGAAAGGCUUUAGUUUUGCCUUUGAACAGCUUCUUAAUUAUAAUGUUUCCAGAGCCAACUGCAAUAAGAUUAUCAUGUUAUUCACUGAUGGAGGGGAAGAGAGAGCCCAGGAGAUAUUUACCAAGUACAACAAAGACAAAAAAGUACGUGUAUUCACCUUUUCAGUUGGUCAACAUAAUUAUGACAGAGGACCUAUUCAGUGGAUGGCUUGUGCAAAUAAAGGUUAUUAUUAUGAAAUCCCCUCCAUUGGAGCUAUAAGGAUUAAUACUCAGGAAUAUCUGGACGUUCUGGGAAGACCAAUGGUCUUAGCAGGAGACAAAGCUAAGCAAGUCCAGUGGACAAACGUGUACUUAGAUGCACUGGAACUGGGACUUGUCAUUACUGGAACUCUUCCGGUCUUCAACAUAACUGGCCAGUUUGAAAAUAAGACAAACUUAAAGAACCAGCUGAUUCUUGGUGUGAUGGGAGUUGAUGUGUCUCUGGAAGACAUUAAAAGGCUUACUCCACGCUUCACACUGUGCCCCAAUGGUUAUUAUUUUGCAAUUGAUCCUAAUGGUUAUGUUUUACUACAUCCAAAUCUUCAGCCAAAGGAGCCAGUCACACUGGAUUUCCUUGAUGCAGAGUUAGAAAAUGAUAUUAAAGUUGAGAUUCGAAAUAAGAUGAUAGAUGGGGAGAGUGGAGAAAAAACCUUCAGAACUCUGGUUAAAUCUCAAGAUGAGAGAUACAUUGACAAAGGAAACAGGACAUACACAUGGACACCAGUCAAUGGCACAGACUACAGUUUGGCCUUGGUAUUACCAACCUACAGUUUUUACUAUAUAAAAGCCAAAAUAGAAGAGACAAUAACUCAGGCCAGAUACUCAGAAACCCUGAAGCCAGAUAAUUUUGAAGAAUCUGGCUACACAUUUUUAGCACCAAGAGAAUACUGCAGUGAUCUUAAACUAUCAGACAAUAACACUGAAUUUCUUUUAAACUUCAAUGAGUUUAUUGAUAGAAAAACACCAAACAACCCAUCAUGUAAUACAGACCUGAUUAAUAGAGUCUUGCUGGAUGCAGGCUUUACAAAUGAACUUGUCCAGAAUUAUUGGAGUAAGCAGAAAAACAUCAAGGGAGUGAAAGCACGCUUUGUAGUGACGGAUGGUGGGGUUACCAGAGUUUAUCCCAAAGAGGCUGGAGAAAAUUGGCAAGAAAACCCUGAAACAUAUGAAGAAAGCUUCUACAAAAGGAGCCUAGAUAAUGAUAACUAUGUGUUCACUGCUCCUAUCUUUAACACAAGCGGGCCUGGUCCCUUUGAGUCAGGCAUUAUGGUAAGCAAAGCUGUAGAAAUAUCUAUCCAAGGCAAGCUUCUUAAACCCGCAGUUGUGGGAAUUAAAAUUGAUGUAAAUUCCUGGAUAGAGAAUUUCACCAAAACUGCUAUCAGGGAUCCGUGUGCUGGCCCAGUAUGUGACUGCAAAAGAAACAGUGAUGUAAUGGAUUGUGUGAUUCUAGAUGAUGGUGGGUUUCUUUUGAUGGCAAAUCAUGAUGAUUAUACUAAUCAGAUUGGACGCUUUUUUGGAGAAAUUGAUCCAAGCUUGAUGAGACACCUAGUUAAUAUAUCAAUUUAUGCUUUUAACAAAUCUUAUGAUUAUCAGUCAGUGUGUAAUCCUGUUACUACACCAAAGCAAGGAGCAGGCCAUCGCUCAGCAUAUGUGCCAUCCAUAGCAGACAUAUUACAAAUUGGCUGGUGGGCCACUGCAGCUGCCUGGUCUAUUCUCCAGCAGUUGCUCUUGAGUUUGACCUUUCCACGGCUCCUUGAAGCAGUGGAGAUGGAAGAUGAUGACUUCUCUGCCUCUCUGUCAAAGCAGAGCUGCAUUACUGAACAAACACAGUAUUUCUUUGACAAUGACAGCAAAUCACUUAGUGGUGUAUUAGACUGUGGAAACUGCUCCAGAAUCUUUCAUGUAGAAAAGCUUAUGAAUACCAACUUAAUAUUUAUAAUGGUGGAGAGCAAAGGAACUUGUCCCUGUGACACACGGCUACUCAUGCAAGCUGAACAGACAUCUGAUGGUCCAGACCCUUGCGAUAUGGUUAAGCAGCCCAGAUACCGAAAAGGGCCUGAUGUCUGCUUUGACAACAACAUCCUGGAAGAUUAUACCGACUGUGGUGGUGUUUCUGGGUUAAAUCCAUCCCUGUGGUCUCUCAUUGGACUCCAGUUCCUACUACUUUGGCUGGUAUCUGGCAGCAGAUGGUUCCUAUUGUGACCUCCCAAACCCCAGAUCUGCAUCAACUCCAGACUCUGACAAAAUAUGAGCCCUCGAUGACAUUAGGGUCAAUCGUGGAAUCAGCAGUACCUUAGUUGGACCUAUACCAUGGUGUAACUCUAAGGCACAGAUCCAUAAGCACCCACUGGCUGCAUGUCAGGAUGUCAGAUCCUCCAAAUUGUGUGAAUGCUGCAUCAUCUAUGUAUAACAUCAAAGCAAAACUCUAUAUGUGCUCUGUUGGAAAUGUUGGGAGUUUGCUGUUGCAUUGGUGAUUAUAUGUACAAGGGCUCCCCAUACAAUUGUUAUGAAUCGUAAGAAAGGUCUUGAUUUGGAUCUGGAAUUUCAACUUGCUGCAAUUCUACUAAGAAAAUCUUUAGGGUGAGGAAUGUUAUCUUUUGCCUUCAUUAACUAUUCUGUUCAAAAGUAAUCCCUACCUGGAACAUCUUUCCUGAAUAGAGAGAUAGAGAGAGAAAGCAAGAAGGGAGAAAAGAAUCCUAUUAUAAUAUUAAUGGCUAAUUUUUAACAGAAAAACGAAAUUGCCAUGAAUAAAAUGCCUUACAACGAAUGACUUCUCUGCCAAAAA